AUGAAAUUCUUCGAGAACAAAUUCACCUACGACUACUCCUUUCCUGCUGUCUCUCUCGCCUACUUCCUCCGCUAUCCCAACCCUUACUCCCGCCAUGUCCUCACCACCGACGUGAUUGAUCGCUACGUCGAUCCCAACACCCAACGUCUGCAUACCACUCGACUCCAUCUCAAAAAGUCCAAGGUUCCUGCAGGAAUCUUGAAAUUGUUGCCUAAGGGAAUGGGUGGCUCCGACAAUUCCGGCCAGAGCUACAUCCUUGAGACCACCGUCGUGGAUCCGCAGGAGGGCUGGAUGGAGACCGAAUCCCGCAACAUGGAAUGGACCGGCAUCCUCAGUGUCGUGGAAAAGCAGCGAUACCAGCGCCUCCAAGCCGAAAAUGACGUUCGUGCUCUUGACGGUCUCUCCAUCGAUCAGCGAGCCGAACAGACUACCGUGCGCACCACUGUGACUUUCAAGUCUCGUCUCGGACAGGGUAAAUUGCUUGGCAGGAAGAAGGUGGACUCCACCGAAGCGGAAGAUGAAGCCCCCAAGAAGGGCUUCUUCUCCUCUCUGUCCACUGCCGGCAUUCAGCGGACCAUUGAGCUGAUCGGCGUGAGUCGCACUCGGGACGCCGUCUUGAAGAGCAAGGAAGGAAUGAACGUCGUUCUGGAACGCUUGCGCAGCGGCGGCAUUGUCGGUGUCCUGGAAGGUAUGCGUCGAGACCGCGAGGCAUUGGGACUCGAUAAGGCCUUGACGCGUGUGUAG